UAAGGUUUAUCUCUCUCUCUCUCACUCUGGUUGUCGGUGCCCACCAACGCGUGCCCCGUCCGACCAAUCCACCGCCUCAGCCUCUUUUGACCGCGUUGAUGCUGUUACCUUCCACUAGUCUUUAGUCUGUGUCCGCCACCCGAACCGCCGGCGUGUCCUUGUACGUACAGCGUUCGCGUUCCCGUAUAUAUUUUUUUAUUUAUCUACUUGAUAAUUAUAUAUAUUGUUUUUAUUCUGUACGUGUGACUGUGUGUAAUGUCAAACGGUGUACACGAGUAUCGGUUUUGCUUGUCGAAAAACAAUAAGCGAUAGUGAUUAUUACAUCCACGUGGACCACCCUAACCGUUGGUGAAACGCCAUGAACCGACCGACCGACUGACCGAUAAGGCGCCCGCGGCGCAGUCCGUACCAACUCGUAUAUACACACCGUAGUGUUUUAGCGGAUCCCGCGGGGACAACUACACGCUAUAACUAUUACUUCUAUUAAAACUACAUACUACACAACUACAACUGUUUUGUAAACAUUUAUACGGAUCCCUGUGAUUUUUUUUUUUAAACAAUUUUUCUAAAAAAUCGCCUAAACUAUAAAUAUCUUUCCGCGUGUGUGUUAUUCCCAAUGGCGUACGACAAUGGUUGUUGUUGCGCCACCGGUGUAACCGCGGUCCGGGCGCUGUGAUAACAUGUUAUCAUGAAUGCGGUUUUCCCGUCGUCCGUUUUCCUCCGACGACUAUGGCGGCGCAGGCUGUUGCUCGUCGUCUUCCUACUCGGUUUCCAAAUGGCCUCAGUGGCCGGAGCCGAGAAAACGUCAGAAUUCGUCAAAGGCAAAAUAUGCAUCGGUACUAAUGGUCGGCUGUCCGUCCCUUCAAACCGGGAUCACCAUUACCGAAACCUCAAAGACCGAUAUACGAACUGCACGUAUGUGGACGGAAACUUGGAGUUGACUUGGCUGCAGGACGAACACUUAGACCUCAGCUUUCUGCAGCACAUCCGCGAAGUCACUGGUUACGUGUUGAUCACCCAUGUAGACGUUAGCAAGAUCGUAUUGCCACGCUUGCAGAUCAUUCGUGGUCGCACCCUGUUUAAACUGGCCGUCAAAGAAGAAGAGUUCUCUCUAAUGGUCAUGUUGUCUAAAAUGAACAAUCUCGAAUUACCAGCUCUCAGAGAUAUUUUGGCCGGCAACGUGGGCAUGAUUGACAACUACAACCUGUGUCACAUGCGUACUAUCCAAUGGGAGGAGAUCAUCACCGGCCACGGUGCCAAAUCCAUGUACAUGUACAACUUUUCCAACUCCGAACGCGAAUGUCCGCCCUGCGACAAAUCGUGUACAGGUGGUUGUUGGGGAGAAGGACCACACAACUGUCAAAAGUUCUCGAAGAUGUACUGUAGUCCUCAGUGUUUCGGGGGUCGAUGUUUCGGGACCAAGCCCAGGGAAUGCUGUCAUUUGUUUUGCGCGGGCGGUUGUACGGGACCAAAGCAGAGCGAUUGCCUCGCAUGUCGGAAUUUUUACGACGACGGUGUUUGCACCCAAGAGUGUCCACCCAUGCAGCGUUACAAUUCCAUCACGUACUCGUGGGAAACCAAUCCGAAUGGAAAGUACGCAUAUGGAGCGACCUGCGUGAAAAACUGCCCGGAACACUUGCUCAAGGACAACGGAGCGUGUGUGCGCAGUUGCCCGCCUAAGAAAAAGGCUGUAAACGGCGAGUGUGUUUUGUGCGACGGCCCUUGCCCAAAAACUUGCGAAGGCGUGACCACGAUACACGACAGCAACAUCGAUAGCUUUAAAGACUGCACUGUGAUAGAUGGUUCGCUGACCAUACUAGAUCAGUCGUUUAAAGGGUUUCAACAGGUUUUCGCCAAUUUCAGUUUCGGUCAACGCAUCAAAGCCAUGCAUCCCGAUCGAUUAGAAUUAUUCAGCACGUUGAAAGAAGUCACGGGCUAUAUUAACAUACAAGGAUCACACGAAGACUUUAAAAAUUUAUCAUAUUUCAGAAAUUUGGAAGUGAUCGGCGGCCGUACAGUCACUGAAUACUUUGCGUCUUUGUAUAUUGUAAAGACUUCACUAACUUCCCUGGGUUUACGGUCGUUAAAGAAAAUCCAUUCCGGAAGCGUUGCAAUAUUGGAAAACAAAAAACUGUGUUACGCUCAGACAAUUGACUGGGAAUCCAUAAAAAAAUCGUCGGAGCACCCUAAACUCUUGCAAAACAACAAAAACGAAUCACUAUGCGUUGACGAAAACGAAGUGUGUGAUCCAGAGUGUUCAGAUCAGGGCUGUUGGGGUCCUGGACCGCACCAGUGUUUGUCUUGCCGAAACUUCCAAUACGACAACCAGUGUUUGCCGAGUUGCAGUUACGUACCUGGAAUUUACGAGGCUGGCGACAAGACUUGUGCGGCUUGCCAUCCGGAAUGUGAUGGUGGUUGCCACGGACCCGGUCCGGAACACUGUACGAAAUGCCGAAACUAUCGUGAUGGCAUGCACUGCGUGUCUCAGUGUCCGGCCACCAAGUACAGCGCCAGUCCGUCCAAGCCCAGCUCGUGUUUGCCGUGUCACGUUAACUGCGUUGGAGGCUGCAGCGGUCCUGACAACACGAUCGGUCCCAACGGGUGUCGGUCAUGUCACAAAGCCGUGCUUAACGCUGAUGCGUCGGUGGAGAGGUGUUUGCAUAAGAACGAGACUUGUCCGAACGGCUACUAUUACGAAUGGGUUGGCCCGGUGGAACAAGGAGGUGCCGCUCUCCGCGCCUUGGCCGGCAAAGCUGUGUGCCGGAAAUGUCAUCCGCGGUGUUUGCGGUGCACGGGCUUCGGUUUCCACGACCAAGUGUGCCAACGGUGUGCGGGUUACAAAAGUGGCGACCACUGCUUGGACGAGUGCCCCAUCGAGUAUUACGCCACCACAACCACCCUGCCCACCGGAGAACAGGCACGCGAAUGCGUGGCGUGCAACAUCAUGUGCAGAGGGUGUUACGGGCCAUUGGCUUCUCAGUGCCACGCUUGCCGGCAUUUCAAAAUAUUCGAGCCAAACGGCAACCCGUCAGACAAUCGAACGGCGUUUAAUUGUUCUGGUCAAAUCUGCCCGACUUUCGCACCCUACAAGGUGUUCACCAAAGACGACCAAGAUCCCUACUGUUCCGCCGACGACGUUAGAAUGGCUUCCCCACUCCGCGAUUCCGAACAAAUACCAUUGAUAUUGUUGACUAUCGUGUUGUUCGCCGUUUUUGUAAUGCUUCUGUUGAUGAUCCUCGUGUGUCACUGGAGGAAACGGGCCCGGGCCAAGGAGACCGCCGUCAAAAUGACCAUGGUACUGACCGGCAUGGAAGACAAUGAACCUCUGCGACCUUCCAAUGUUAAGCCGAAUACGGCCAAGCUAAGGAUUGUCAAGGAAGUGGACUUGAGAAUCGGCGCCGAACUCGGAAACGGAGCUUUCGGUGUUGUAUACAAGGGCGUCUGGGUGGUCGAAGGAGAAAAUAUUAAAAUACCUGUUGCCAUCAAAAAGUUACACAAGAAAGACGAUAUGUGUGCCUAUGAAAACACCAGCAAAGAGUUUCUGGACGAAGCCUACAUCAUGGCCAGCGUUGAGCACGACAAUUUGGUGAAACUGCUAGCCGUUUGUAUGACGUCCGAAAUGAUGUUAGUCACGCAACUCAUGCCACUCGGUUGCCUGCUUAAAUAUGUUCGCAACAACAGGGACAAAAUCGGAUCGAAAACGUUCCUAAAGUGGUGCACUCAAAUAGCCAAAGGUAUGGCGUAUUUAGAAGAAAAAAGACUGGUGCACAGGGAUCUGGCCGCUCGUAACGUGCUCGUGCAAAACACCAACUGUGUGAAGAUUACCGAUUUUGGUUUGGCCAAACUACUGGACGUCGAUCAGCUAGAAUAUACGGCCGAUGGCGGUAAGAUGCCGGUCAAGUGGUUGGCGCCCGAGUGCCUCAAGUACAGGGUGUUCACGCACAAAAGUGACGUUUGGGCGUUCGGUAUAACUGUCUGGGAGUUGUUGACCUACGGAAAACAGCCAUACGAAAAUGUAGACAAGAAAGACGUACUUGGCCUGUUGGAAAAGGGCGAACGGUUACCGCAGCCGAACAUUUGCACCAUUGACGUGUACAUGGUGAUGGUCAAGUGCUGGCUGAUCGAAAAGGACAGCCGGCCCAGUUUUGAAGAGUUGGCCGACGAGUUCGCCAAAAUGGCCAUCGAUCCCGGUCGGUACUUGGUCAUACCAGGCGAUCGGUACUUGAGGUUACCUUCAUACUCGUCUCAAGACGAAACUGAAAUACUAUCAAAUUUGGCUACGGAAGGCGCGGACAUGAGCAUCAUGGAAGCGGACGAGUACAUGAAUCCGGAAAUGAGCCAUGGAAUGCCUGGCCCUUCCAGACUUGGUUCAUGCAGCACGGCGGGAGUGGACAUGCUUGGGCCCAUGCACAUCAGGCACAACUGGGAUCGCGAACUCCGAAAAUUCAGCGACAUACAUAGAUUAGAUUGUGAUACUUCCGAUGAUCUCAGUAACGGAAGCAAAGCGCAGGUGGGCACGCUGAAGCUGGACUUGCCGCUGGACGAAGACGACUACCUGAUGCCGUCGCCGGCCAACGACGAUAUCGACCACAAGCGCCGGCAUGCCCCUGCCAACUAUAUCGAUUUAAUCGGUCACCAACACCCAGAAGCUGAAUACGCCAAUGGUUUGCCUAGGCCGUCGGGUUUAACCAAAAAUUUCCAUCCAGACUUCAUACCCGCUCAGGUCAGCAGUGUUGACAACCCCGAAUACCACUUGACGGGAGGCGACACAAACGACACUAUUGUUACGUCCACUGUCCCAUCGGUUGUUACGGGAGCACCCAACAAUAAUGGUACUACCAUCAUGGUUGAACCUCAGUCGCCGGCACCCAAUGGUGGCCGUAGUCCUGAAGACGAAUCGGAUCAUGAGUACUAUAACGACUUUGACCGAUUACAACGAGAGCUACAGCCGCUUAGGCGCAACGAAACAACUGUAUGACCUCCGAGAAUGGGUUCUUGACUUAAUAAGUUUAAUAUUAUUUUUAUUUAUUUUAUUCCUGUUGACUCAUUUUAAGAAUAUUCUAAACAAAAAUGGUAAAUAGCUCUCCGUAGAUGAGUUUCUUUGACGCGGGGACAAUAUUAUAUAUUAUAAAUUUGUUUUGUUUAUAUUUUUGUGUCAAAAUAUUUUAUUUAUUUGUAUAUUUAUAUAUUAUUAUUUAGGUAUAACUACUGCUGUGCCAUUAUUUUCUAUGAACCGACUGUACAAUUUUUAUAUAUUUAUAUUUAAUAUAUUUUUAUAUAUAUAUAUUUAAAAUCGAACUGUAAAGGGAAUAUUUGAUUUAAGUUCUUCUUUUAUUGUUAAUAAAUUUGGGACUGUGGGUUGUUGCUCGGACAGAACAUUAAAAAGCGCGAAGAUAUUGUGUUGUGGUUUUCCGUGUAAAAUGUAUGUACUUAAAGACUUAAUCAAAAAUAAUUUUUAUCUCAAAUAUAUCAUACGAUAAAUGCCUUAAACAAACACUAGGCGGACAUACAAAAAUAUAAAUUUUUACAAAAGGCUGUGAUAUUUGUUAGUUUACUGUAAAUAACUAUUUUUUUUUUUUUAACUUAUAAAUAAUAUAUGAUGUAUACACAUAACUCAUAAGUAUGUAGACGUAUUCAUUAUUUGUGAAUUCUUUAUCUGUAUUUUAUAAAAUUUAACUACUGCAAUACUUAUAUGUUUGACAAACUAUUCGAUCCAUGUCGUGUAAUUUCUAACUUCAGUUUUUAUUUUAUUCAUUUAUAUUAAAUUUAAAUAAUAAAUUAUAGAAUUAUAUACUUUUUGGGUUAUAUUUAACUCUUGUACUUAUAUACAAUCUUAACAGAUUUUGUUAACUUGUUAUGUUUAGAUCUCUUAUUUUUUCACUACACUGUAAUUGUAUUUUAUUAUUAUUAUUAUUAUUAGUAAUAGUAGUAGUUUUAGUUAAAAUAAACUUGCCAUCAGUUUUAUUCUUAGUCACCACGUGUUGCAUACCAAAACAUUAACACGAAAACCUCCCUAAGCAAAUGUCAUUAAUGUUUUUUUUCUUUUUUGAUGUACACUUUUUUUUAAUUUAUAAGUGCCAUUAUCUCUUAUAUGUUAUCGUUAUAAAAAAUUAAACUAUACAAUCAUGAAAAUAACAGUUGAUUUUGAUCUAACGUCUAAUAAUAUAGGUGUGAUUGUGAUUUUUUUUUUUAACUAUGUGUAGUGUACAUUGUUAUAAAUAUUGUAAUAUUAUUUUGCAAGUCUGUAUAGUGUCAAUAUAAUUGAUUGAAUUACU